AUGGCGGACAGGAGCCCGCUCCGCCGGUGGAAGCGCUUCUUCCCGGCGUUCGGCGCCAUCGACGCCGCCAUCGAGUCGGCCCUGGCCUGCUCCCGGGACAAGUACAGGCGAGUGAGGGGCGACCUCGUGGAGAAGCUCUGCGACGCCGGGGACGACGGCGGCGCCGAGCGCGCGGAGGGGCUCUGCCUGCUGCUGGACCAGACGAUGGUCGAGGCGCUUCAGACGCUGCGGCUGGUGCCCGUGACGCCGACGAUGCUGACGUCCACCGACGUCGCCAAGGCCGUCGCCGGCCUGCGGGGGCACGAGUCCGGGCGGGUCCGCGGCCUCGCGCGCCGCGUCUUCGACGGGUGGAGGGCGUCGAUCGAGGGCGACCUGGCCAGGGUCAGAGCCGCCUUGGAGACGCUGUCGCGGAUACCGCAGGAGGACGAGACGGUGCCCGUGUCCGCUCCUCCCUCCGCCGGAGACGCCCGCAGCGGCCGUGAACCCACGGUUCUUGUAGCGAAUGUGAAGCAAGCUGCCAUGAUUCCAGCCCAGAGCGCCCCAAGAAGAUGCCACCGGGCGUUUGCGGGGCCGGCGGUGAUCGCGUCCGCGGCGAGAAGACAGAGGAUGCAAAGCGCAAGCACACAGUAG